UACGGCAGACUCCCAAGUCUCGCUGUCUGACAUCACACUUCGCAAAAUGGCGACGUCCCUCGGCUCUAACACCUACAAUAGACAGAACUGGGAAGACGCGGAUUUCCCAAUUCUCUGUCAGACAUGUUUAGGAGAAAACCCUUACAUUCGGAUGACCAAAGAAAAGUAUGGAAAAGAAUGCAAGAUUUGUGCUCGACCUUUUACUGUAUUCCGCUGGUGUCCAGGGACACGUAUGCGUUUCAAGAAGACUGAAGUCUGUCAGACUUGCAGUAAAAUGAAAAAUGUUUGUCAGACAUGUCUGCUGGACCUGGAAUAUGGUUUGCCGAUCCAGGUUCGAGACACUGGCCUUGCCAUUAAAGAUGACAUUCCUCGUUCAGAUGUGAACAAAGAAUACUUCACACAGAAUAUGGAGAGAGAGUUAGCCAAUUCGGAUGGCACACGGCCAGGCGGUCAGGUCGGGAAAUCGACCAGUUCUAGUGACAUGUUACUGAAACUGGCCCGCACAACACCAUACUACAAGAGGAACCGUCCACACAUCUGCUCCUUCUGGGUUAAGGGAGAGUGUCGGAGAGGGGAAGAGUGUCCCUACAGACAUGAGAAACCCACAGAUCCCGAUGACCCACUCGCUGACCAGAACAUCAAGGAUCGUUACUAUGGCAUCAAUGAUCCAGUUGCUGACAAGCUGCUGAAGCGGGCCUCGACCAUGCCCAGGCUGGACCCGCCAGAUGACAAGUCCAUCACCACUCUCUACAUUGGGGGUCUUGGUGAAACAGUCACAGAUGGAGAUCUCAAGGGUUAUUUCUACCAGUUUGGUGAAAUUCGUACCAUCACAAUAGUUCAAAGGCAGCAGUGCGCCUUUAUCCAGUUUGCCACACGACAGGCUGCUGAGAUGGCUGCAGAGAAGUCCUUCAACAAGCUUAUCGUCAAUGGUCAGAGGCUCACUGUCAAGUGGGGAAGGUCUCAGGCAGCAAGAGGAAAGGAAGGCGAAGGAGUUUCUGAGAUGGGUACCAGACUUGAUCCUGUGCCAGGACUACCAGGAGCACUACCCCCACCACCACCUCUUGAUGAGGAAGCUCCAGCAAAUUAUUUCAACUUGGACCCUAGCACCUCUCCAGCUGUCAUGAAUCUUACUCUGCCGCCACCACCAGGCCUCAACCCCCCUCCUCCAGGUUUUGGCCCCCCGAUGUUUCACCCUAUGGGCCCUAUGGCUCCACCUAUGCCCCCACCCAUGAGCAUGAGACCUCCAGGUCAGAUCCACUACCCUUCGCAGGAUCCCCAGCGGAUGGGUGCACAUGCUGCACAUGGUGCACGUCACGGUGAUUAGCUUCAAGGCUGAAAUUUGACUGAUUUUUUUUUUUUUUUUUUCCCCCGAUGUGUCACACUUGGCACCAGGCUGCCUAUGGGCCUGAAACCUGCUGUGGACUGGAUGAAAUUGCAAAAUCCAACAUGCAGGAUAUGUUUAUUUCACACCAGCAGUCCAGCAGACAAACUGAAUUUGUGCAGUUUAAGAUUUGUCAUUAAGCUUUUUUUUUUUCCUUUUUUUUUUUUUCCUUUUUUUUUUUUUUUUAAACAUUUAUAUUCCACUAUGUAAUGACUUAGUUUAUUGAGAGGCAUUUUUUUCAUUUCCUUCAAAAAUUAAAAUUAUUCAUUACUGUC